AUGACCGUCCAGGAAGUACCUGAUAACUUUCACGCUGUUGCUUCAUCCGAGCAUUUCCAGUCGUUGCUCUCUGCAGAUCUCGAGCGAGUCUCCCUCAUCAACUUCUGGGCGCCAUGGGCAGAACCGUGCAAGCAGAUGAAUGAUGUUGUGUUAGAGCUGGCGAAGAAAUACCCGCAGGUGCUCGUCUUGCAGGUGGAGGCGGAAGAGCAGUCGGACAUCUCAGAGUCUUUUGAGAUUGAGGCAGUGCCUGCAUUCAUCAUCCUCCGAGGACAUACCCUCCUCGGGCGCGUCUCAGGCGCAGAUGCUCCUGCUCUCACGGAGAUGAUCGCGAAGCAUACCCGACCACCUCCAUCCGUAAAACCCCUUUCAUCCAGCGAUCGCGCACCCGCAGAGCCCGAAAAAGAAGAAACGCCCGAGGAGCUUAAUGCAAGGCUACACGGGCUCAUGCUCAAGGAUAAUAUCGUCCUGUUCAUGAAGGGAGAACCGGACGCACCACGGUGUGGAUUCUCGCGGCGGAUGGUCGCGCUCUUACGCGAACAGGGCGUGAAAUUCUCACAUUUCGACAUCCUGACCGACGAUAAAGUGCGCUCAGGGCUCAAGGUGCUGAACAGCUGGCCCACAUUUCCGCAGCUCAUCAUCAAGGGUGAGUUUGUGGGUGGACUCGACGUUGUACAGGAGAUGGUGGAAAAUGGCGAGUUUAAGGAUGUAGUAGCGUUAUAG